AUGCAGGUAAAUGGGCGAACAAUGUAUCGCGCCGAGCUAGUGCUACCAAUCAACUCACCAAUUAAAGAAACUAUUACACUGAAAAAACCAAUGGAGAACAAAAAAUUGGCGCAGAUGGCUGUUGCUUUGGAGGCGUGCCGACGGUUGCACCAAAGAAAGGAGCUGAACGAUAAUCUGCUUCCGGUCGGUAAAGGUACGACUGCGCUGACGGUUCUGGAUGAAGAUCCAGACGAAUUCAUUCCGAACAUGAAUUAUAAAGUCGGAUCUGCCCGGCGCAAACAGCUUUAUGAUAAAAGGAUGGCCAAAGCGUUACAUAGUUCGCUCCCGAGUGCCGGUGAAGAGUGCUACAUCUAUGUGAUGGAGGUAGAUCUUGUCCAGGCUGUCUCAGGUGCGGCAAAUCCGAGGAAUCGUCGAUUUGUUAAUCCGCUUGACACCGAAUUUUGUUUUGGCUUCUUGUCGAACACAAAGAUCCCCAAGGUACCCUCAUUUCCGGUAUUUCUCCGUCAAGGCCGGAUGCAGGCCAACGUUUUUUUGGCCAAGUCAUUUCUUCGAGUUGACCAUGAAAUGCUGCAACUGUUGCAAGCAUUUCAUCACUAUCUGUUCGAUAAUGUGCUUCGUUUGGUCAAAGGAGGCUUGGUUUUCGUCCCGAACAAUGCUCCCACCAACACCCUUAUUGUCCCAUUGCGGCGCGGAUCACCGCUUCUGGAUGUUGAUUACACAUCAAGGUACUCGUGA